AUGUCAACAUCGAAACCUGUCGAAUGGGUUACGGCUCUAAUCGCACGGUUCGAAGAUCAACUGCCGAUCAAAUGUGGAGAAUUAACAAAUCAAAUGCGUUUGAAUGUAGAACAGAAUAAAGAAUGUUUAAUUGCUUUGAGUCGAUUCAAAUUCACACUCGUAAUCAAUGGACUAACAGAUAUACUGAAAACGAUUGAUAAUACUAGAUUCGGUGGUUAUGAUCAAGAGAAGAAUAUUUAUGAAUCGUAUCUAAUCGUUCUCGAUGCUGUGGAACAAUGUUUAGCCAAUACGAAAGAUUUGAGUACCAGUCGAUUAGACGAAGCAAUUUAUGUGAAGAAAUUACUACCACUUGUUUGUAAAUUAUUGAAUAUAUCUGGCGAUGGAAUAACAGCUCAACAUGUGCGACAACUCGCAUCGAAUGUUCUAUUCGCCUUGAGUGUCAAUAAUUUCAGUACUCUAUUUAGUAAAGUUGUUUCCAGAAAGAAUGCUUAG